AUGGACAACAUCCUCUACGCCGUUGACGAGAUCCCGUGCCGCGCGUACGCGGAUGCGGUAUCCGCCUACAUUCGCGAUCCGACUUCGCGCUUUCCGGGCAACCCGCCCGCGAAGUACAACGCGUAUCGCAAGAAGUACCGCCAUGCGCCCCACCCGGACGACUAUCCGCACCUGUUUCGCUCGAGGCACUCCGCACCAGGAGCGACGGGUGGUGCCGCAUACACUGCAGACCACAUCGCCGCGCUCAUGCAGGAGACGCGUGUCACGAUGACACAGGGCUUCGAGCUCGCGAUGGCGAACUCGAGGCGCUACGAGCGUUCGCCGCGCCCCUCACGCCAGGACGGGCGACGGGACGCGAGGCGAGACGACGCACGCACGGCCGAAGCGCGGGCUGCUGACGCUGCUGCCAACAAGGCCAGGCGCAACGCGGCGCGCAACGCACGCAACCGCGCCCGCCGUGCGGCACGCAGGGAAGCCCAGCAGGCCGCUGGACAGGAUGGUGAGCAGCCAGAUGACGUUGACGACGACACUCGCCGUCUCUUCGACCUGCACCUAUGGCAGCCUUUCCUGACGAUGCUUGCAGGAUUCUCGGACACCCCGAUGGCCGCUACCGAGCCUGCCACGGAGUCCGCUCCUCCCGCGACGACCCCGGACUUUCCUCGCGCCUCUAACGCGCCAGCCAGCGCGGAAUCCGAGUCCGACCUGAGCAACACGAUCAGCCGGUUCGGAGGUCUCAACGUCGCAUCGAGCAGCCAGACUUCCCCUGACGGACCGUCCAUGUCUGAGGAGGACUACGAGAAGAUGCUUGACGAAGAGCCUUCGAACCCCACCCCGGACGGUGACGCCGUCAUGGACGACGCUGGCGCGGCCGCGUAA